AUGGUGGUGGUGAUUGAAGAUAGUGGUGAUGAUGGUGGUUAUGAUGAUAAUGAUGAUGAUGAUGGUGGGAGUGAUGGUGAUUAUGAUGAUGGUGGGAGUGAUGGUGAUGAUGAUGAUGAUGACGAUUGUGGUGAUGAUGAUGGUGGUGGUGAUUGAAGAUAGUGGUGAUGAUGGUGGUUAUGAUGAUAAUGAUGGUGAUGCAUGGUUAAAGUGACAGUGGUUGUAGUGGUAGUAGUGAUGGUAUUGUGGUGAUAAUAUUUUCGUUUAUGAUUUAUUAUAUUUUUACCUUAAUUUUGUUUACAAACAAAUAUUCCUUCUGGUAGAUCUCCUAUGUUGUGGUGCAGUGCUAUUCCCAGUAAUAUGGUAAAGUUACAAAUAACUCGUACAGUACACGUCUGAUUAAUGUAAAUUAGUGCACUGCCAAUGACUUAGUACGUUGUUCUGUUUUGUCAGGGCUAUCAGACAUCUCAAGGAAGCCUCGCAGACUGAUGGAAAAGGUUGGAAAAACUUUUUAUGCGAAACGUUUGUUGUUAAACGUAACGUUUGAUGUUAAAACGACUGCGUAUUUUCUAAGGAAUGAAUCUUGAAUCUUUUUCAUUUUGUGUUUCUACAGCGGCUGUGAAUCUUGCUAAACUCAAAUUAUUCCGACAGUUUUACAUCAUGGUAAGACAAUUUUAUUAAGCAAAAACGACUUGUCCAUUUUAUGAAGCCAAAACUGAAACACUGGGAUUAUAUACCAUACAUAUUUAUCUUUUUCUUUAGAUUGUCUGUUACAUCUACUUUACAAGAAUAAUUGUUCAAAUAGUGAAGGUACUUACCGUAUACCUGUGAGAUUUCUACAAUGUGCUUUCUGAAAUGUUCUCCUAAGUAAUAUAGGCUUUCUAUUAAAUUAUACAGAGCUGCAGUUCGAGAAAGAUACAACUAUCAGCUUAUGUUUUUCUGUAUUGUAUCUCCUUAGGCUGCGUUAAUUCAAGACUUUUAAUUGUACCUGACUGAUACGCCAAUGGUUGUUGCCGCAUAUUUGCGCUAAUACAAACUCAGUACUCAACGUGUAUUUAGUCAUUAAAAUAGGGUUCAUAAAGUACAGGUUUCUGAAAAGUAUGUUCAAACUACGAGGUAGAAUAGAAGCACAAUUGCAAUAUACAAGCAAUCGACUCCAACGUUUCUGAGUGCCAUCAGUCCAAUCAUGUUUCAUGCCAAGAUAUAUGUCAGACACAUGAUAUACCAACUAAAUUACGGUAAUCGAACACAUUGGGCUUGGAAAGGUCAAACUGCGUACAGGUUACACUGGCCGUUUUCACUAAGUUAGUAUUUUAAAUAUUUUUAGAUAACAGUUCCAUUUCAAUAUUUGUGGUUGGACGAGGUAAAUUGUUAAUAGUUGAUAUUCAUUGGUUAGAGUCAAUUCAUUUGAAUAAUUAUGGAUAAAACAAUAAAAAAUAAAGAAUUUAUAGGAUAAAGAAUAAUUAUAGAUAGGAAGAUAAAGGAAUUAUAUUCAUCAUAUAAUUGGUUAGAGUUGAUUCAUUUGUAAAUUCAAUUAUUUGUCCAUUGUGUUUCAGUUUUUCAUGAAUCUGUCAAUGAUGGCCUUGUUUAUCAUGACUGGGUAAGUUCAGCCAUUAAACGGUCACACUCAGCAUUCACUGCAGCCGAAAGUUCUUAUCUUUCUUCAAAUACACUAUUCCUGUUGAUAAGACUGACAACCCCCAUCAGCAUAGCUGUAACCUGCGACUCCAAGAACGCCUGAUCGCAGGUUAGCAGCCAUAGCUGUGGUUAAAUACAUAUGGUGAUUAAAUACAGUAAAUGCCAUUGAUUUAGAUAUAAAUUCCGUCCCGGAUCAGACAAUCCGUAUCUUCAUGUUUCCCAGGACUCUGACGGGGAGGAGAUGGACGAAGUGUAAGUACUGAGAGAAAAUAUCUUCAAACCUUGUAAUACACCCUACCUUUCAUCCUACCAGAAAGUAUGUCACUUUGGGUAUAGAGCCUCGUUUUGACGUUUUCGUGUAUGUGACAUCAGCAAAAGCUAAACAUCUCAAUCACAGAAACGAGGCUUUAUAGCCAAUGUGAUGUACUUUCCGGAUUGUAUUCACUAUUCUUGACUUGCAAUCAAUCCCUUGAGAAUUAGAAGACAAUGGCAUAUGGCGGCCAUGUUGGUGCCAAAUUCAAAAGAAGUUAAUGAGAUUCUUUUGUUGAAAGGGGACCAUCAUUGCAAUUCAAGAAUUGAUGAUCUUGAUUGUUUUCAGUAAAAGAGAUGUUGACAUUUAACUACACUUGUAGGAGCAAGGAAAUUAAACUACAUCACUUCAUUCUAUUUAUUUGCCACCAAACACAAGACUACACAAUGAUGAUGAAAAGAAUAGACCCUUUCAAGGUUAACGACGCCAUAAUGAAACACAAUAGUGCAAGGGGUGCAAACACAAUGGUGAAAACAAUGGAUUCAGGAUGGCGUCCUUAAACUUGGAAGGACAUAUUAACAUUAUUUUCUCACUCUGAUAACUGCAGGUUGACCACCAUCUGCUGUACGAUAGUGCUUAGGGAAACGUGCCUCUAUAUAUCUUGUCUUAUUUUUGUAGGGUGACACAGACUGGACUGACAGAGAACGUGACGCGAGUUCAAAGUAGCAGUGACACCAACGCCGUUUCAAGAGUCAAACUAUCCGCUGCUUAA